GAUAUUAGUUGGUUUGGUUACUGCAGAGCCACAACGGGAACUCCAGUUUUAAGAUAUUUGAUACAAAUUGCUAACUUAUGUUUGAGGAAGUUCAUAUGAACUAUGUGAUAGUGAGGUCUCAGGACUGGUGCCCUUGCUAAUAGUGAAUAUUAUCAUUUAAAAAAAAUUUUUUUCCCGCCUCGAUAGGCAAAUAAUUUAAAAUCAAGUUAACUCUGGCUUUCAUGUCUAAUCUGGAUUAGCAUGCCUAUAUUUGUAUUUUUCUAGUGAACAGCCAGGGGGCUUCAUACACUGAACACUAUCCUGAGUAUCCUCUCCCUUUGUUCCAUUAGAGAAAUUGAGCCUGGCUGCUGAGCCCAUGGAGAAUCAGACUGCUGGGGUGACGGAGUUUAUUUUGCUGGGAUUUCCUCUCAGCCGGUGGAUGGAGGUGCUGUUCCUGGUGCUGCUGCUGCCCACGUUCCUGCUGACGCUCCUGGGCAACCUGCUGAUCAUCUCCAUUGUGCUGUCCUACUCCCGCCUCCACACACCCAUGUACUUCUUCCUGUGCAACCUCUCCAUCCUGGACAUCCUCUUCACCUCCGUCAUUUCUCCAAAAGUGUUGGCCAACUUAGGAUCUGGGGAUAAAACCAUCUCCUUUGCUGGCUGUAUCACCCAGUGCUAUUUCUACUUCUUCCUGGGCACGGUGGAGUUUCUCCUGCUGACAGUCAUGUCCUAUGACCGCUAUGCCGCCAUCUGCUACCCGCUGCGGUACAGCUCCAUCAUGAGACCUGCUGUCUGCACUGGGACUGUUGUGUUCUCUUGGAUGGGAGGCUUUCUAUCCGUGCUCUUUCCAACCAUCCUCAUCUCCCAGCUGCCCUUCUGUGGCUCCAAUGUCAUUAACCACUUCUUCUGUGACAGUGGGCCCUUGCUGGCCCUGGCCUGUGCAGACACCUCUGCCAUUGAGCUGAUGGAUUUCAUGCUUUCAUCCAUAGUUAUCCUCUGUUGCAUAGUCCUUGUGGCCUAUUCCUAUACGUCCAUCAUCCUGACAAUAGUGCGCAUUCCUUCUGCCAGUGGAAGGAAAAAGGCCUUCAACACCUGUGCUUCCCACCUGACCAUAGUUGUGAUUUCCAGCAGCAUCACGGUGUUUAUUUAUGUGACUCCCUCCCAGAAAGAGUACCUGGAGAUCAACAAGAUCCCCUCAGUCCUGAGCAGUGUGGUGGCUCCAUUCCUCAACCCCUUUAUAUACACUCUCAGGAAUGACACGGUGUUGGGGGUCCUUAAGGAUGUGUGGGUCAGGGCUCAGGGAGUUUUGGAAAAGAGGAUGAGGACAAUGCCGAGGAGCAGAUUGUCUUCCAACAAAGACCGCAGAGGAGGGACUAAUUGCUCUUCCUCUUCGCUAUCAUGUGCCCUUUGUGCAAAUUCCCAGUAUUAAAAGAGAAGACCAGAGUGCUGGGGAAAUAAACAAAGACCACCUAAAUGAGAACAGAGGCUAUUUAUCCAGAACUGGCCACAGCAAGGGACUUGGCCACCAUCAUUAGUGUUUGGCAGAGACUCAAAGGCAGGUGGGGAGUUGGGAGGUUUUGUAACAGAAGAGGGUAAGGCUCCGGUGUGCUCUCAUUGGAGGGUUUUGGCCUAGGGAAGCUGGGGAACUGGAGGUGGGCUAACUAGAAUCAAGCCUCCUUUGUGAUUGGUUUGGGGAGCAUAUUUGGCUUUCUCGGAUUAGUCCUGAGUUGGAAAAAAUGUGGGGGAGGGGAAAGGGAGUGGAGCAAAAAAAAAAAUAGGGAUAUUGGCAGUUCAGACCACAUCCUGACCAUUCUGGGCUGACUGCUACAGAGGCUGUAGAUCGGCUCUCUGCUUGGUUGCUUUAGUGUUUCUGGAUCAGAGUUCUACUGUCAAGUACGAUGUGACUGUGGUCCAAUUGUGUAUUUAGUGUCUAGGUUCUUAGAGCAUUGGAAGUUCUGAUGUAACAUUUUAAAGUUUAAGUAGAUGGAUGAUCCUUCCAAAGCAAACAACCAGAUCCCAUCAGUAACAGAUGAUGAAAGGCCAGCUCAGGUAAGCAGAGUUUAGCUGGUUCUCAAGCCUGGAGUGAGAACUAUAGAAAUGAGGUCUCACAUGUUUCCAAGACUCUUCUUCUUUAAGUGACCCAGGCUCCAAGGUUUAGACCCUUUGGCUUUUGGGGCCUGCCCAUGGGAUCCCUGGCAGUAGAGGCAGCUGCCUGCUGCAGUACAUCUGGCAAAGCAUCUGAACUCUAAGGCCCAGUUUUUCAUGAGAUUAAAGAGACAAGAGUAGGAAUUCCUGCUGUGGCACAAUGUGAUCGGUGGCAUCUCUGGAGCUCAGGGACACAGGUUCAAU